CCACAGUCUCUCAGGACAACCCCCCUUCUGAGCGAAAACCCCAGGACCUGCCGCCUCGGGCGCCUUCCCGAGGCAGACCGGCCCCGGAACGGCAGGCAGGGCCGGCGCUGCCGGCCGGAGGCAGAGGGGAGCGCUCAAAAUGGCGGCGGGCCGGGUGUUCGCCUUCCGCGACGCGCGCUGGGCCCCGGACCCGAUGCUGGCGCCGAGCCCGGCCGUGCGGAGCCCGCAGCCGGUGCCGCUGGUGAUCGACAACGGCUCCUUCCAGACGCGGGCGGGCUGGGCGGCCGCCGACCCCUCCGUCCCCGCCGAGCCCCUGCUGCGGUUCCGUUCGCUGGCGGCUCGCAGCCGCGGAGCCCGCGGCGGGGCCGGCGCCGAGACUCAGGUGGGCAACGACCUGGGCAGCCCCGAGCCGCUGCGCUGGCUGCUCCGCUCGCCCUUCGACCGCAACGUGCCCGUCCAGCUGGAGCUGCAGGAGCUGCUCCUCGACCACGUCUUCCAGCGCCUCGGCGUCUCCUCGCAGGGUUGUGUUGAUCAUCCCAUUGUUUUGACAGAAGCAGUGUGCAAUCCGCUGUAUUCGAGGCAAAUGAUGUCAGAGCUCCUCUUCGAAUGUUAUCAGGUUCCGAAAGUGUCCUAUGGUGUAGAUAGCUUGUAUAGUUUUUACCACAACAGAAGGCAGAACUGGCCCUGCAGUGGUUUGGUGAUAUCUUCAGGCUAUCAGUGUACGCAUAUUUUGCCAGUCUUAGAAGGCAGGUUGGAUGCUAAAAACUGCAAACGUAUUAAUAUUGGAGGGUGUCAGGCAGCUGUAUAUCUUCAACGCCUCCUACAGCUGAAAUACCCUGGACAUUUUGCUGCCAUCACUCUCAGUCGCAUGGAGGAAAUACUUCAUGAGCAUAGCUACAUUGCAGAAGACUAUAUCGAAGAACUACAGAAGUGGCGGUCCCCAGAGUACUAUGAGAACAACGUGCACAAGAUGCAGCUGCCUUUUUCUAACAAGCUACUGGGAAGCACCCUGACAUCCGAGGAAAAGCAGGAGAGGAGACAGCAGCAAUUGCGUAGGCUUCAAGAACUCAACGCGCGCCGUAGAGAAGAGAAGCUGCAACUCGACCAAGAGAGGCUGGACAGACUACUGUAUGUACAGGAGCUUUUAGAAGAUGGUCACAUGGAUCAAUUCCACAAAGCUUUGGUGGAGCUGAACAUGGACUCUGCAGAAGAACUUCAAUCUUAUAUCAACAAAUUGAGCCUGGCCGUUGAACAAACAAAGCAAAAAAUCCUACAGGCAGAAGUCAAUAUUGAAGUGGAUGUUGUGGACAGCAAACCAGAGACCCCUGAUUUGGAUCCACUGGGCAGUGAACAGUCACUGGAGGAUGUGGAAAGUAUUAACGAGUUUGAACCUUUAUUUGCUGAGGACCAGCCCGAAGUUGAGAAGCCUGUUGCUACAGUACAGCCCGUGUUUAACCUGGCAGAGUACCACCAACUCUUUCUUGGCACUGAAAGAAUCAGGGCUCCGGAGAUUGUCUUCCAGCCCUCCCUGAUAGGAGAAGACCAGGCUGGUAUAGCAGAAACUAUGCAAUAUGUCCUUGAGAGGUAUCCAAAGGAGCAACAAGCUAUUCUUGUCCAGAAUGUUUUUCUCACUGGUGGAAAUGCGAUGUACCCUGGACUGAAAGCCAGAGUUCAGAAAGAACUCCUCGAAAUGAGGCCGUUCCGGUCAUCUUUUCAGGUUCACCUUGCCUCCAGCCCUGUUUUAGAUGCCUGGUAUGGGGCUAGGGACUGGGCAGUGGAACACGUGACCCGUGAGGAAGGCUGGAUAACCAGAAAGGACUAUGAAGAGAAAGGGGGAGAAUAUCUCAAGGAACACUGUGCUUCAAAUGUUUAUGUUCCCAUCAGACUUCCGAAGCAGGCCCCACGGACUACAGAGGCAUUAGCACCCAGCAGAGCACUGACAUCUAGUACGGGCAAUCCUUGCGAGCAGGUGUAGCACAGAGCCUUUGCCACAGUCCCCCAGAGGGAGAUAAAAGUGCAAAGAGACGAGUUUACUGUGUUUGUGCAGUCUGAGCUGUGUAUGGAGCACAGACCUCAGCACAAAGCAUCUCAUCCAGCCCCUCGAAGGGGGAAACGAGCGAGCUGCUCUGGGGCAUCAGCUGGCUCGGUCAUAGCACUUGCCACAUGCAGUGCUGCUUCUGCAUAGCACGGGAGUACGAGUCGGCGAGGAGGGACACAGGAAAAGUGCAUUCCGGAGAAAAAUACAGUCUUAGGAACUUUCAUAGUAAGACUCAGGGGAUUUUGCAAAUGUUUUACAUUUUUUUUAUUAAAACUUACUGGUUGUAUGCCGCUUUCGUUGCGUGAUUCAGAAGCUUGACUUGUAUCACGCAAGGCAGUCCAGCAGGCGUCUCCCUCGCUCGUCACAGCGAGUGCUUGUCAGGCUGUGUCGUGCUGCUGGAGGCCAGAGGGACUGCUCUCUGCCUCCUCCUGAGGCCCCCUGGCCUUGUCUUGUCUGAUGUCCAUCCCGCUGCGUGCUUUCCGCUGAAAUUCUGCACAGUCAGUGGGAUUCUGGAUACUUUCUGAAGUUGUCGGUAUUACUGACAUUGGUUGAAACUGGAGACCUGACAUAAGGUGUGGUCCAGCUGUAAUGAAAGAGCCCUCCGUAAAGCACAGUCCCGAAGGAAGCUGAGGUGCGUGUAGCCCUCAGGUGAUUUUACAGGAGUGGUGGCUGAGCAGGGCAGCUCUUGGUUGGGGGGAGAAUCUUCUCUGCUCUUCAAAAGCUGGCUGGAAGCACCUCCACGUUAGCUGCAAAAGGCUUGUUGGUGUUCCAUGAUAACCCAAUCCACUGGCUGCCUCCCCUGGAAGCCUCUUGAUAGCAUAUCCCCUGAAACAAUUGGUGUCAGCUUUAGUGUUGCAAGGCUGGGAAAUAAGAGGACUGAUGCUGUGUCCCCUGCUACGCUUAAGGUGGUCUCACAGUGUUGUGAUGAAUGCCAACACUGGUGUAUCAGGGUUGAUCGCAACUUCAGAUGGUCAGAUUUGGCAUAAUAAAUCCCUUCUAAACCGCAGUCUAAGAGUAGAUGAUGGUCAUCAAAAGUCUCUUUAGCAAUAAAGCAAACUUUUUGCUUU